AAUAAUCAUGAGAGGAAGAGAAAGUGGUAAUGAAGCAGCUUCCAACAAUGGCUUAUUAUCAUUCAUUCAUGGCCUUCUUUGCCACUUCCAUAAUCACCUCAUUGCUCUUCCCCCUAAUCUCUCUCUCUCCGAGGUGAAAGAAGAGUUGCAAUCAAUUAUUAAGAUUUCAUGUCCCAUAAUAAUGACUAGCCUGAUGAUAUAUUCAAGAUCUGUUAUUUCCAUGUUGUUCUUGGGUCACCAAGGGAAAGUGGAGUUAGCAGGAGGGUCAUUAGCACUUGGUUUUGCCAACAUCACUGCAAAUUCGGUUCUAAAGGGUCUAACCAUGGGAAUGGACCCAAUUUGUUGCCAAGCAUAUGGAGCUAAGAGAUAUUCACUUCUAAAUGAAACAUUUCUUAGGGUAACAUGCCUGCUCUUAGUUGUUUCCAUACCAAUUUCAAUAUUAUGGCUAAACAUGGGACCAGUCCUUCAAAUGUUAGGUCAAGAUCCACAAGUCACAAAAGUUGCACAAGUUUUCAUGCUAUUCUCAAUUCCAGAGCUACUAGCACAAGCGCACCUUAAUCCUUUGAGAACUUUUCUAAGGACACAAGGUUUAGCCACGCCAAUAACCGUGGUUGCUUCUUGUGCCGCAGUUUUGCACCUACCAAUCAAUUAUUUCUUGGCUAUACACUUGAACUUAGGAGUCAAGGGAAUUGCCCUAGCCACUGGAUUGAAUUCCAUUAACAUGAUAUUAGGCUUGUUGAGCUAUCUAUUUUUCUCAAAGAAGCCAUUGAAACCUUGGCAAGGAACUUCCUUUUUCUCAAUAUUUCAUGGAUGGAAGCCUUUGCUAAGCUUGGCAUUGCCUAGUUGCGUUUCGGUCUGCCUCGAGUGGUGGUGGUACGAGAUCAUGCUCUUUCUAUGCGGCCUAUUACGCAACCCCCAAGCGACGGUUGCGACUAUGGGGAUCCUAAUUCAAACUCUAGGGUUUCUUUAUGUGUUUCCAUUUUCUCUAAGCAUUGCAUUGACAACAAGAAUUGGUCACUCUUUAGGUGCAAGUGAACCCACCAAGGCAAGGAGAAGUGCAAUAAUAGGUUUUAUCAUAGCAUUAACAUUUGGAGUCAUAGCAUUCAUUUUCUUAAUGUUUGUGAGGACAAAUUUGGGUAGGCUUUUCACUAAUGAGACACAAAUCAUUGAUAUGGUAACAAGUGUGCUUCCAAUAUUAGGGUUGUGUGAGAUUUGCAAUUGGUCUCAAACAGUUUCAUGUGGGAUAUUAUCUGGGACUGCACGCCCUUACUUAGGUGCUAGGAUUAAUUUGUGUGCAUUUUACUUAAUUGGUUUGCCUGUGGCUAUUUUUGCUACAUUCAUAUAUAAAUAUGAAUUAUUAGGGUUAUGGUUUGGAAUGUUAGUAGCACAAAUUUCAUGUGUUUCUAUGAUGAUAUACACGUUAGUAAAAACUGAUUGGGGGGACCAAACUAAGAGGGCAGUGGAAUUAUCUCAAGUAAUAACUACCCAAGACAAAAGUGUAAAUGAUGAGGAAAGAGGGCUAAUUAGUUCUCAUCCAUGA